AUGCAGAGAAUAAUUGAAGAAGAUAAGACCUUCUUUCACGUCCACAAUUCUCGAUCGAUCUCUCCAUUGCUAACCGAAGAAGAGCACUUGAGAAUCUCGUACGAGCCCAAUCACCCAAUCAGAUCGCACCAAGUUGCAGUCAUCGGCACUGGAGCCGCCGGGGAAGGUCACUCGGUGGUCGUCUUCGAGAGGAAGAAUCUGGUGAAAAAAAAAAAAAUCUGGAUUCACUCCGAUAACGUCGAGUCCGAUCCGUUAAGCUACAACCCGACCCGACUAGCUCUCUCCCAACUAACCUUUCCUCGCGACUCGAGAGUCUAUGGAAUUCAGAGAUUUCCCGUUCGUGAUCCCAAUGCUGAGAUCACGAAGCUUCUCCAUAGUUACUGGAAGUGA